AUGAAAGUUCUCAAGUGCAUCGCAGAGAUGAUCACCCUCGCCUCCAUGUUUCUAGUGUCUUCUGGACAAAAUCCGAUGACGGUGCUUUGCUCUAUAGACUGGUUGAUGGUCUCAGUACACCCCUUCCUGUUGAACAGUGAUGUGUAUGUCCACUUCCAUGAGUUACACCUGGGCGAUGGUUGUCCUCCCAAUCAUGUUCAGCCAUAUGCCUACCAGUUCACCUACCGUGUUACUGAAUGUGGCAUUAAGGCCAAGGUCAUCUCUUAUGACAUGAUUCUCUACAGCACUGAUUUGCACUAUAUUUCUAAGGGCACUUCAUCCAAACAAGUGAUUCCAGUGUCAUGCGCUACCCACCAAAAGUCCCCAUGGCUCACUAAACCCUGCCCCACAAAAUUAGCCAGUGGGGAAGGGACCAAAGAUGAGAACGGUGACACAUACUACAAUGUGUUUGAGUUGCGCCAGCCCAGCCAAAGUUCCAACUGUGAUUGUCCGCCUUGUGUCUUAAACGAGGAAGGGCGGGCCCAGCCAGGGGCUCAGGGUGGCGUAGCAGGGCACUUUUCUUCCAUUGUUGAUUUUUCUGAGGAUUGGUGCCUUAACUCAGAUAAUCUGAUUGACUUCAUGUGA